AUGGCCGGGAGGGCGAUGGGGUUGCUCGGGAAAGGCUUGGGAUCGAGGGCGGUAGUUAUGGGGUUGUCUCGGCCGGUGAAGGUGGUGGUCGGCAAGAUGCAUUGUCUCGGAGGUUUCUUCAAAUCAACCCGCGGGCUCAGACAAGGCGACCCCAACUCCCCCGCCCUUUCGGUUCUUGCAGCUGACUAUCUCUCGCAGGCUCUUGAAAAACUCAUUCUCGGGAAUAGAGAGAUGACUUUCAAAGCCACACGGGGGUGCUUAGAGAUCAGCCACCUCGCCUAUGCUGAUGACAUCAUCAUUUUCACGCAAGCAGCCACAACAUCUCUUAGGAGACUCAGAGCGUGCCUUGACCACUAUGCUGAGGUCUCGGGCCAACAAAUCAACCUUGCUAAGAGUAAUUUCUAUAUUGUUGAAGCACAUGAAGGGUGGGCGAACUCUAUUCACACGGAAGGGGGCUUCUCUAGAGGUAUGUUCCCUUUCCUUUAUCUUGGUGUCCCUAUCUACCGAGGGGUUAAGCGAUCAGAUAUGUUUAUGUUCCUUCGGGAGAAAAUUGCGGCAAGGAUUUUAGGAUGGGCACAUCGGCACCUGUCCUUCGGGGGAAGACUCACUCUAAUCAAGAGCACGCUUGAGGCGGUCCCACUCCAUAUCUUUCAAGCAAUUGAGCCCACGGGUGGUGCACUCAAGCAGUUGGAUCAACAAAUGGCCCGCUUCUUCUGGGGUUCGACUAAUGAGAAAAAGAAGACACAGUGGAUAGGUUGGGACCAGAUCUGCUGUCCCACUGCUGAGGGAGGCCUUGGAAUCCGCAAGUUCAAAGAGGUACUCCGCGCUUUUAAUAUUAAGCUAUGGUGGAGAUUCAGGGAACAAAAUUCCUUAUGGGCACAAUAUAUGAUGGUUAAGUACUGCAAUAAGGCGUCUCCACUUACGGCUUGGGUGGUGGGAUGA